AUGGGAGGGACAUGUAGCAGCUGCUGCGGUCCAAGGCGGAAGAACGCGUACGAGCCCCUCUUACUCGAGAAUGAGCGGGAAGCCGUCGCCGACUUACUGCAAUACCUCGAGAACCGGACAACAACCAAUUUCUUCACCGGCUCGCCCCUCGCCGCUCUGACCACGCUGUCCUUCUCUGACAAUGUCGAUUUGCAGCGCUCGGCCGCGCUUGCAUUUGCCGAGAUCACCGAGAAGGAAGUGAGGGAGGUCGGGAGGGACACGCUCGACCCGGUGUUGUGCCUCUUGACGAGUCACGAUGCGGAGGUGCAGCGGGCUGCUUCGGCCGCGUUGGGCAAUUUGGCUGUCAAUCCCGAGAACAAGCUCCUCAUCGUCUCGCUUGGCGGUCUUGAACCCCUCAUCCGUCAAAUGCUCAGCCCGAACGUCGAAGUACAAUGCAACGCCGUCGGAUGCGUCACCAACCUGGCCACUCACGACGAGAACAAGACCCAAAUCGCCAAGUCUGGCGCCUUGGUCCCCCUGACUCGACUGGCCAAGUCCAAGGAUAUGCGUGUACAGCGGAACGCCACUGGUGCUUUGCUAAACAUGACGCACUCUGACGAGAACCGUCAGCAACUCGUCAAUGCCGGCGCUAUCCCCGUUCUUGUCUCCCUCCUCAACUCGCCUGAUACGGAUGUUCAGUACUACUGCACAACUGCGCUUAGCAACAUUGCUGUGGACGCUAGCAACCGGAAGAAGCUCGCUCAGACGGAGCCAAAACUCGUCCAGAGCCUCGUGGCAUUGAUGGACAGCCAGAGCUUGAAGGUGCAAUGCCAAGCUGCGCUCGCUCUCCGGAACUUGGCUUCGGAUGAGAAGUACCAGCUCGAAAUUGUCAAAGCCGACGGCCUCAAACCUCUCCUCCGGCUCCUCCACUCGUCCUACCUCCCCCUCAUCCUCUCCGCCGCCGCCUGCGUCCGCAACGUAUCCAUCCACCCCGCGAACGAAUCCCCCAUCAUCGAUUCCGGCUUCCUCCAGCCCCUCAUUGAACUGCUCUCAUUCGACGAGAACGAAGAAGUGCAGUGUCACGCCAUCUCGACGCUGCGCAACCUCGCGGCGAGCAGCGAGCGGAACAAGGGCGCGAUUGUGGAGGCGGGCGCGGUGGAGCGGAUCAAGGAGCUGGUGUUGACCGUGCCGUUGACGGUGCAAAGUGAGAUGACGGCGUGUGUGGCUGUUUUGGCGCUUAGCGAUGACCUCAAGCCACAACUUCUCGAGAUGGGCAUCUGUGAGGUACUUAUUCCGUUGACCAACUCGCCAAGUGUCGAAGUGCAGGGGAACAGCGCUGCGGCUAUCGGGAACUUGUCUUCGAAGGCGGCCGAGGACUACGCUCCUUUCAACACGGUCUGGAACAAGCCCGACGGCGGUCUUCACGCAUACCUCGUCCGCUUCCUUAGCAGCGCCGACAUUACUUUCCAACACAUUGCCGUCUGGACCAUCGUCCAAUUGCUCGAAUCCGAAGACGAGCAACUCUCCAACAAUAUCCGUUCCUCCCCCAUCCUCAUUUCCUCCAUUCGCCAACUGGCCGAAUCCCCUCCCGCGUCCCGCGCAGGCCGGGGCCGCGGGUCCGACGCGAACGGGGAAGACGAAUACGAGGACGAUGGCAUGAUGGAUGCGGAUGGAGAAGGGGAGAUUGUGAACCUCGCCAGGCGGAUAUUGGACCUUACGGAAGAUGGGCGGGGGAGGGGGAGGCGGGCAGUCAUUUCCAGGCGGGAGCGCCGCCGCCGGGGGCAGGGACAACAGCAGCAGCAGAAUGGAGGACAAGGACAGGGGGAUGAUCAUGCGGCGUUAAGAGCGAGUGUGCACCAGGCGCUCAGGAGUAGCCGGUAG